AAUACUUUAGAGAGGGAUAUACCAAGAACUGAAAAACCAUGACUUCCAACAGAAGCAACCUCCUGUUCUCAUUAGUCCUCUUCCACCUUCUUUUUGUCCCCACACAACUCCAAGCUCUUAACACUGAUGGUGUUCUUCUCCUUACUUUCAAAUACUCCAUCCUCAGUGACCCUCUCUCUGUUCUACGCAACUGGAACUAUGAUGAUGCAACACCAUGUUUGUGGACAGGUGUCACUUGUACAGAGCUUGGGAAGCCUAACACACCAGACAUGUUCAGAGUCACAAGCUUGGUACUUCCCAACAAACACCUUCUUGGUUCCAUCACUCCGGACUUGUUCUUGAUUCCCCAUCUAAGGAUCUUGGAUCUGUCCAGCAAUUUCUUCAAUGGGUCACUCCCUGACUCGGUGUUCAACGCCACUGAGCUUCAGGUUAUCUCCCUUGGAAGCAACAAUCUCUCUGGUGAUUUGCCCAAGAGUAUCAAUAGUGUGAUUAAUCUGCAGCUCUUGAAUCUCUCAGCUAACGCAUUUACUGGAGAGAUUCCGCUAAACAUCUCACUUCUGAAGAAUCUAACGGUCGUUUCCUUGUCAAAGAACUCCUUUUUAGGUGAUAUUCCAAGUGGUUUCGAAGCAGCACAGGUUCUUGAUCUUUCUUCAAAUCUUCUCAACGGCUCUCUUUCCAAGGAUUUGGGAGGAAAAAGCCUGCAUUACUUGAACUUAUCACACAACAAAGUCCUCGGCGAGAUUUCUCCAGGUUUUGCAGAGAAGUUUCCAGCAAAUGCCACAGUCGAUCUCUCCUUUAACAACCUCACAGGCCCAAUCCCAAGUUCCCUUUCUUUACUUAACCAAAAGGCUGAAUCUUUUUCCGGUAACCAAGAGCUGUGUGGGAAGCCAUUGAAGAUCCUUUGCUCAAUUCCUUCCACUCUUUCGAACCCUCCAAAUAUCUCUGACACUACUUCACCGGCAAUAGCAGUUAAACCAAGAAGCACAGCUCCAAUAAACCCUUUGACAGAAUCACCAAAUCAGACAGCAAAAAGCAAGCUAAAGCCAAGCACCAUUGCCGCAAUCACAGUUGCAGAUAUAGUUGGUCUAGCUUUCAUUGGUCUACUCGUGCUCUACGUAUACCAGGUCAGAAAACGCAGAAGGUACCCAGAAUCCAGCAGAUUCAGCUUCUUCAAAUUCUGUCUGGAGAAAAACGAAGCCAAGAAAUCGAAACCAAGCGCCACGGAGGUCACAGUCCCAGAAUCACCAGAGGCAAAAAAGGCAUGCGGUUCGUGCAUAAUCUUGACCGGAGGAAGGUACGACGAGACAUCAACAUCAGAGAGCGAUGUAGAGUAUCAGCAAACCCUUCAGGCAUUCAGUCGAACAGAUGGUGGGCAACUGAAGCAGAGCUCCCAAACUCAACUAGUUACAGUCGACGGCGAGACUCGGCUAGAUUUAGAUACUCUACUAAAGGCAUCUGCUUACAUAUUGGGAACCACCGGAACCGGAAUCGUGUAUAAGGCGGUGCUGGAGAACGGCACGGCAUUCGCGGUGAGGCGGAUCGAGACGGAGAGAUGUGCGGCUGCGAAAUCCAAGGAAUUCGAGAGGGAGGUUCGUGCCAUCGCUAAGCUUCGGCACCCAAAUCUCGUCAGAAUUCGUGGGUUCUGCUGGGGAGACGACGAGAAACUUCUCGUUUCCGACUAUGUUCCCAAUGGCAGCCUCCUCUGUUUCUUCACCGCCACUAAGGCAAGCUCAAGCUCGUCUUCUUCGUUACAAAACCCUCUUACUUUUGAGGCACGGCUCAAGAUAGCAAGAGGAAUGGCUAGAGGAUUAUCUUACAUCAAUGAGAAGAAACAUGUGCACGGUAAUAUCAAGCCCAAUAACAUUCUCCUGAACGCUGAGAAUGAGCCCAUCAUCACCGAUCUAGGGCUAGACCGCCUCAUGACACCAGCGCGUGAAUCUCUCACCACUGGACCAAUUUCAAGCUCACCCUACCAGCCACCAGAAUGGUCCACAAGCCUGAAACCAAACCCUAAAUGGGACGUUUAUUCCUUUGGAGUCAUACUUUUAGAACUUCUCACAAGCAAAGUGUUCUCGGUAGAUCAUGAUAUAGAUCAGUUCUCAAACUUAACCGGUUCUGAAGCCGAAGAGAAUGGCCGGUUCUUGAGGUUGAUCGACGGUGCAAUUAGGAGCGAUGUGGCUCGCCAUGAGGAUGCUGCAAUGGCGUGCUUUAGGUUAGGGAUUGAAUGUGUCUCUUCCUUGCCUCAGAAGCGACCAUCCAUGAAAGAAGUGGUGCAAGUGUUGGAGAAAAUAGAUUCUGAUAUCAUCUCUUUACCAAAGAGAUACCAAGAAAUGGAAGAAAGAUCUACCACUUCCGGCGAAGAUAAACCUGAGAUCCAAUCUCCAAUUCCGCCAAAUCAGAUCUUCAUUCUCUCCGGACAAAGCAAUAUGGCCGGACGCGGCGGCGUCGUCAAAGACCACCACCACAAUCGCUGGGUGUGGGAUAAAAUCGUCCCACCGGAAUGCGCACCAAACUCAUCAAUCCUCCGCCUGAGCGCAGAUCUCCGGUGGGAAGAAGCUCACGAGCCACUCCACGUUGACAUCGACACCGGUAAAGUGUGUGGAAUAGGUCCAGGAAUGGCGUUCGCAAACGCGGUGAAGAAUCGCCUGGAAACAGAUUCGGCUGUGAUCGGGUUGGUUCCGUGUGCCUCCGGUGGAACGGCGAUAAAAGAGUGGGAGCGUGGAAGCCACUUGUACGAGAGGAUGGUUAAGAGAACGGAGGAGAGUAGGAAAUGCGGCGGAGAGAUUAAGGCGGUGCUGUGGUAUCAAGGAGAGAGUGACGUGUUGGACAUCCAUGACGCCGAGAGCUACGGGAGCAAUAUGGACCGUUUGAUUAAGAACCUCCGUCAUGAUCUCAACCUUCCUUCUCUUCCCAUUAUUCAGGUGGCAAUAGCAUCGGGAGGAGGAUACAUAGAUAAGGUGAGAGAAGCACAGUUGGGUCUGAAACUUUCGAAUGUGGUCUGUGUAGACGCUAAGGGAUUGCCGCUAAAGUCGGACAAUCUUCACUUAACCACCGAGGCUCAAGUCCAGCUUGGUCUCUCCUUAGCACAAGCUUACCUUUCCAACUUCUGUUAGACAAUCAAGUUAACCAGGCUGAAGAUCGGGUACUUGGUGAGAAAUUGCGGUAUUUUCCCGUGUUCUUGUUUGUUUACAACUCCCAAAAGGUGAUAUGUGGUCUAAGUGAUGGUACUGGUUUUAUGUAAGUUUGUUAUCUAUAUAGAGCACACAUAUUAUUCAUCUAAUUUGUUACAUUAUUUCUAUCUACAUUGAAUCUACUACUAAUAGACAAGGCGGAGUACU